CAAAGGAAGAAGAAGAAGAAGCUGUUGAGAGAUACCCACAAUCCUUUUCAAUAAAAUGGCGGACAACAGGGAGAAGGUGUUACAAGAUUAUCGAAAAAAAUUGCUUGAGCAUAAAGAAGUUGACGGGCGGUUAAAGGAAUUGAGAGAACAACUGCGAGAACAAACAAAACAGUAUGAAAAGUCAGAGAACGACCUCAAAGCUCUGCAGAGUGUUGGCCAGAUUGUUGGGGAAGUCCUCAAACAGCUGACAGAGGAAAAAUUCAUCGUCAAAGCCACGAAUGGUCCCCGAUAUGUGGUUGGUUGCCGCCGACAGUUGGACAAGUCACAACUGAAGCCAGGCACCAGAGUGGCUUUAGAUAUGACUACGCUGACUAUAAUGAGGUAUCUUCCACGUGAGGUGGACCCUCUGGUGUACAACAUGUCCCAUGAGGACCCCGGUAGCGUCUCCUACUCUGAAAUUGGUGGAUUGUCGGAACAGAUUCGUGAGCUGAGAGAGGUGAUUGAGCUGCCUCUGACCAACCCUGAGCUUUUCCAGAGAGUUGGAAUCAUCCCUCCGAAAGGCUGCCUGCUCUAUGGCCCUCCAGGUACUGGGAAGACUCUACUCGCUCGGGCAGUUGCAAGUCAGCUAGACUGUAACUUCCUCAAGGUGGUGUCCAGCUCCAUCGUUGACAAAUACAUUGGGGAGAGCGCCAGGCUCAUCAGAGAGAUGUUCAACUAUGCCAGGGACCAUCAGCCUUGCAUUAUCUUCAUGGACGAGAUUGAUGCUAUAGGUGGUCGGCGUUUCUCUGAGGGAACCUCUGCUGACAGAGAGAUCCAAAGGACUUUGAUGGAGCUGCUCAACCAGAUGGACGGCUUUGACACACUUCACAGAGUCAAGAUGAUCAUGGCGACCAACAGACCUGACACUCUGGACCCCGCCCUACUGCGACCUGGCCGACUUGACCGCAAAAUCCACAUCGAGCUGCCUAAUGAACAGGCUCGUUUGGAUAUCCUCAAAAUCCACUCCAGUCCCAUCACUAAGCAUGGAGAAAUAGAUUUUGAAGCCAUUGUGAAGCUGUCGGAUGGUUUCAACGGCGCCGAUUUAAGAAAUGUUUGUACAGAAGCAGGUUUGUUUGCUAUCCGCUCCGACCGAGAGUACGUCACCCAAGAAGACUUCAUGAAAGCUGUGCGAAAGGUGGCUGAUUCAAAGAAGCUGGAGUCCAAGCUGGACUACAAGCCUGUAUAGAGCUUGAGCUUGUCAUGAUCACAAUUUCUUUGAUUUGCUGUAUGCAUAUGGCCAGAAGAAACAUGUAUUUGUUUGUGGGUGUAGCAUUUGGAUAAAGUCUGUCAUCUACCAAAGUGACAUUUACUUGUUUUGUGGACCCAGUACCAUAAGAUGUCUGGUGUCCCAUGCAACACUUGUACAAAAAAAAAACCGAAAAAACUUCAUAUAUGGCAAUAAACCAUUGUUUAAGCCUC